AUGAACUCUUCCGAGAAAGAUCCCCAAGUACCGGAUGGACCACCGGCUUAUUCCACAAUGCAAGGCCCACUCCCACCGGUGACCACAUCUCGUUGUUGUGGAAGCACACCGAAUCAAAAGAGAAAGUUUUGGACAGCAGCUCAUGGCGUCUACGUGGUCGUGCUUGCUUCAGGAAUGCUUACAUGGGGAGGAAUGGAAAUCUCGAGACAAGUUAACACAAAUCUCGAUCGUCCGAUGUUCGCAAACGGUGGGAUUCUCGUAUACUUCCUCGGCACAAUGAUUUUUCAGUUUGUAAUGCUUUCAAUGACCGUUGUCGGGAUCAGUGCCAUCUAUUCCGACAAUCUUCGCCGUCUUCGUGGGUACACAAUUUUUGUGAAUUGUUUGAUGGCUGGUACACUGGGUUCAAUCGCGGGAAUCGUUCAGAAUUUCCAUGUCUCAUGGCCUAUUCUCAUUCUUCUCGUCAAUGUUGUGAUUGAAUGCAUUGUUAUGAUUGUUCUCUUGAUUCAACAACGUCGAUCAAUUGCUCACAAUCCAUCACAAUAU